CAGGUUCUACUUGUUGACGUCAUGAACCCAGGGCAUGUUGAGAUGGCAGUAAAGAAAGCGAGAGUCGUGAUCAACGCCGUUGGGCCGUACUGGAGGUGGGGUACACCGGUGAUUGGCGCUUGCGUCAAGCACGGCACGCACUACGUCAACCUCACCGGCGAGCCCCAGUGGGUGCGACGCAUCAUCGACGCGUACGACUUCGGCGCGACUAGGACACACGCAGCCAUCGUA